CCGCCGUGAGGCGAGGCCGCCGUCCUGCCAGAGCCGCGGGCGGAGGCUGGGGCAGCGCACCAUGAUCAACCCCAACUACUACCCCUGGGGCUACGACGGCGACAACGGACCAGAUCAGUGGCACAAAAAUUACCCUUUUGCGAAAGGACGCCAUCAGUCGCCCAUCGAAAUCAAUAACAAAGAUGUGCAUUAUGAUAGUUCCCUACUGCCAUGGUUUGCUAGCUAUGAUCCUGGUGCAGCUAAGACCAUCCUCAAUAAUGGGAAGACCUGCAGAGUUGUGUUUGAUGAUUCAUUCGAUAGAUCAGUGCUGAGAGGUGGGCCACUUCCAGGAGUGUACAGGCUGCGGCAGCUGCACUUCCACUGGGGCUCGUCUGACGACCACGGCUCGGAGCACGUUGUGAAUGGAGUGAGGUAUGCCGGAGAGCUACAUUUGUUACACUGGAAUCCCAAAUACAGUAAUUAUCUUGAUGCAAAGAGAAGAACUGAUGGGAUAGCUGUUUUGGCCAUAUUUUUGCAAGUAGGAGAAACUCCCAAACCAGAGAUGAAGAGAAUUCUUGAAGAAAUAAAUGCUAUCAAAACAAAGGGGAAAAAUGCUCCUUUUCCAAACUUCGAUCCCUCAAUUCUUUUCCCUAAAUCUCAUGACUACUGGACAUACCAUGGAUCUGUCACUACUCCACCUUGUGAAGAGUGUGUUACCUGGAUUAUUCUUAGAGAGCCCAUCAUAGUCAGCUCAGACCAGAUGGCGAAGCUCCGCAGCCUCUCCAAGAAUGCCGAGAACGAGCCCAGUCGCCCCCUGGUUGAUAACUGGCGCCCCACUCAGCCGCGGUAUUUCCGGAUGGUGAGCGCCUCCUUCCUCUAGGACACGGCUCCUGUUGGGUGGCGCUGAGAGAG